ACAAUGUCAAUCCAAAUGUCCAGGACGUACUCUGGUCGCUCCUAUGCAGGUGGAAACCUGGCUGGCGGUAUCCGCAAGGGCCAAGCUUUAAGUGUUUAUGGAGGUGCAGGAGGUAGCGGCUCAAGAAUCUCCACCGGCAGUUUUAGCAUGGGUGGCGGCAGCAUGGGUGGUGGCGGCGGUUAUGGUUUUUCCAUGGGAGGGGGUGCAGGUUUUGGCAUGGGUGACGGCAUGGAUUUCCAGGUCGGGGCCAAUGAGAAGGCCACCAUGCAGAACCUGAACGACCGUCUGGCCACUUACCUGGACAGAGUGCGCAGCCUUGAGAAGGCCAAUGCUGACCUGGAGCUGAAAAUCCGCCAGUUCUUGGAGAACAAGGUCUCCCCCCUUGCCCGUGACUACUCUGCUUAUCAAGCCACCAUCAGCGACCUGCAGGGAAAAAUCCAGGAUGCCACACGCGUCAACGGAGGAAUCUACCUUGCCAUCGACAACGCUAAACUGGCAGCAGAUGACUUCAGAACCAAGUAUGACAACGAGUUGGCUAUGCGUCUUUCGGUGGAGUCAGAUAUUGCUGGUCUGAAGCGUAUGUUGGAUGAGCUGACACUGGUCCGCUCAGACCUGGAGAUGCAGAUCGAAGGCCUUAAGGACGAACUUAUCCACCUGAAACGCAACCACGAGGAAGAAAUGGCAGCCAUGAGGGCACAGGUCGGUGGACAGAUCAACGUAGAAGUAGAUGCCAAACCACAGGUCGACUUGACCAGAAUCAUCAGCGAGAUCCGUGAGCAGUACGAGAAUGUGGCCGCAAAAAACCAGAGAGAGCUAGAAAGCUGGUUCCAGUCAAAGACUGAAGCACUGAACAAGGAAAUGGCUGCCAGCACAGAAACUCUCCAGACCUCCAGAUCAGAAAUCUCUGAGAUCCGUCGCACCCUGCAGGGCUUAGAGAUUGAACUACAGUCUCAACUAAGCAUGAAAGCAUCCCUGGAAAACACGUUAGCUGAAACCGAAGGACGAUAUUCUAUGAUGCUCCAAGGCCUCCAAGCACAAGUGACGAACCUUGAAGGCCAACUGAUGCAACUGCGUGCCGACAUUGAAAACAAGAACAGCGAAUAUUGCAUGCUCCUUGAUAUUAAGACCAAGCUUGAACAGGAAAUUGCUGAGUACAGGAGGCUUAUGGAUGGAGAGGGAAGCAUUGGCUCAACCAGGAGCACUACUGCCAGGGUGAUAAUGGUCACAGAGGAGGUGGUGGAUGGCAAGGUGGUGUCCUCCACAACCACCACUCAGUAG